AUGCUUUCACAUAAAAGGACACAAUUCAAUACUCCAAUUUGUCGCUAUUUCUUGGAGAAUAAGUGUUCGAAUCUGCAAUGUAUGUUUCUGCAUAACAAGCCAGACAAAUUCGAUGAUCCAGAAGUGGAGAUUUGGGUCUGUAGACCAUUUUCCAUCUCUGGUGUGUGUAGUAGAGGCUCGAGAUGUCCAUUUUUGCAUUUAUAUAUAUGUCCAGAUUUCCAAGAAGAGGGGACAUGUCCUAGAGGUAAAAGCUGCUCAUUGAGCCAUUUGAUAACUCAAACAACCCAAAGGAUGAUUUUAACUAAAAAGGCCGAGAAUGAGGAUGAGGAAGAUGUCUUGGUUGAAAGCGAAGAUGAGGAACAAGGCCGGAACCAAGGUGAAGGCGAAGGUAGAAGAAAAAUAGCGAAGAACCGUAGUCCUGUCAAGAAAAUCAUUAGUAGCUAUACAGUGGAUCCUCAUGUACUCUUUGAUAAGGGAAUGAAUGAAAAGUACAGCUACUACAUUGAUAGCAACCCUGUGGCUCCUUCUAAGAAGAGUACUAGUACUUCAGAUAUACUUGCAUCCGGUGAAAAUAGAAAUACUUACAGUCAAGACAGAGAGUUUAUGAUUCACCUUGAGAGUAGUGAUUCAGAAUUAGAUGAUCUAGAAGAAAAUAAUGACUAUGUUGGGUUAGAGUACAGCGCAGAAGACGAGCAAAUGGACAAUCAAGUAGUUGAUGAUAGAGAUGUUCAAGAGGUUGAACGUAUAGAGACUGAAGGAGAUAGAGAUGUGCAAGUAGCUAGAAGAGCAGACAUCCAAGAAGAUAGAGAUGUUCAAGAGGCUGAAAGUAGAGCAAACAUUCAAGAAGAUGGAGAUGUUCAAGAGGCUAAUGAUUUAGCCAGCCAAGAGGAUAAUCUAGACGGACAGAGUGAUGGAGAGCUUGAAUUCUAG